UCAAAAUCGGUCCAGCCRUUUAGGAGCAGUUCAUUUACAAACACACGGUCAGAAGAUUUAUAUAUAUAAAGAUUGCUACACUAAGAUAAGAGUAUUGGCUGUAGUUUUGUAAUUACGGCAAUGGAAAAUUACCAAAGUGGCGUGAUAAGCAUGGUGUUAUCGGUUGUUGCUGUGCAGUGCUGUUUCGUUAUGUGGGCAUUAGAUCGAGGAAUUUUUUAAAUUAUAUGAUAAUAGCAAUACUAACAAGAAGAAUACAGAAUGAUUUUUAAUACAUCAAUUUUUCAUUUCGUACGGAAUAAACUUUAAAUUCGGUUUUAUAAUUUAUUUCAUACCACGUAAUCAAAAGUACAGUUCUCCUUUGUAUAUUUAAGAUUUUUAGGAAAUGACUAUUUUUCCUCUAAUAACAGUCUUACUGACCCAUUACUCUACUCUGGCCUCUACUUUAAUCUGAAAUUAUAUUCAAGUAAAAUUAAUUAUUAAAACUACCGUUUUUUGAUAAUGUUUUACUACGUUAAUGUUACUUGUCGUCCCGAGCAAGUUCACAACUGCAGUGUAGCUAACAUCUCUGUUUUUUCGCUAGCGAUAUCAUGCAUUGAAGGUUUUAAUGGAGGACUGCCUCAGCUGUUUCUAAUGGAAGUAAGAAACAUGUACUCCAAAGUCUAGUCACUGAAGACGGCGUUCCAUUCAAUGUGCUUAAUUCAAAUAAUAUGCGCAAUAUAAUUGAUCCUAUAUGUCAAGGUCUUAAAGACAAAAGUGGAAAAAAUUUCAUACUAAAUGGAAGCAAGUGUAAAGCUGUACUAGAGGAAGUAGCAGCGAAUAUUAAGCUCGAAAUACAUG